AUGCUUCUGUUCAGCACUCUUGUCAAGGUAGCCGUGAUAGUCAGUCAUGUUAUUACUUUUUUCCUCUUACAGACCUCAGACAACUUUUCUCUCAGUCACUUGAUCAGUGGACCACGCCUAUCCCUUUCACUAGGCGGAAAUGACGAUCAAUUGAGUCUCAAAGAUUCAAACCUGAAAAACGAAAUUCGUUUGUCUGAUUACGGGCAACUGCUCUAUGACACUCAGGAUAACCAGGACGUCUUCUCUCAAGCCAAAACGUGCAGUCGCGUGGGGUCAAUCUAUGUUCCAGCUGCUACUCCUAAGGUCCUGAAUCUUGUACCCAACGUCACAAUACAAGAGCCGAUUUUACCUUCAAAAUCGUCUCCAAUUUGGAUUGCGGGUCUGAUGGUUUUGAGUAGUGUGGGGUUUGUAAUGUCGAUUUGCGAGAUGUACCAGGAAAACCUAAAGUUUUUACUAGUCAAAUGGUUGCCGUUGCUUGAUUCUAACGUUUCCAGGAUUCGUAGGAAAACAGUCAGGUUAAUCCCGUCAUUACUAAACCUGUUUGCACUCCAAGAUAUCUCUAAAUCUCCAGAAACACCCAAAACAGUUACAAAAGCACCGACUACGCACCUGGUUUCUGUUGAAAAGCCUCCUGAUCACCUUUCUCCGUCUCCCUCUCCUUUCCCCUCUCCCUCUCACCCUUUAUCUGCAAGUUUUGAACGGCGUCUGACUGCCACACCCAAGUCAAUAUCCCCGCCCAAGGCACUUGUUAACCUGAUUAGGAAAGACAUCCCAGACAAUCAAUUUAUGAACAAAAUGCUGUAUCAGGCAGUAGCAGAAGUCUCCAAGGCCCUAAAUAUGGUCAAGACAUUUCAGGAUCACGGACCACACAAUUCCAAACUGUUCUCUGAUAUGAACGAUCAGCUUGAAUCAAACAUCAGACGAAGCUCCCUGGUUUUCGACCAACUACGAUUUCACUACUUAAACGCACUUUCCAAGAAAAAGCGAUCAGGAGUAAUGUACCUCCUGAAACAAAAAGAAAGGGGUUUCAAAGCUAAAAAUAGCAAGCAGACCCUGAGUAUACCUCCCAAUGGCACUGAUGAACCACUAGAGUACAAGAUAUCCAAGAUCAUCCAGCGAAUCAUCAGGAUUCAUAUCCGUUUGAUGUCACAAUUCUGGUACCUACAAACGACUAAACAAACGAAAUAUCAACAACGAUUUGUGUUUCAAACCUUGGAUAACGAGAGUUAUGGAGCAGAUGUCGUCAGGUUUAUAUUAAAUAGCAGGCAUUUAUGCCAGGAGAUGAUUGACCUGGAUUUAAGCGAAUAUCGCCAAUCAAGCGCGGGCCGCGGCAAGUCAGAUCAUUAUCAAAUAAACCCGGCCGAGGGCUCUUCCAUGGAGUGGAAAAAGUGA